GCUUGGAGUCACUUCCAAAAAGGUUCUCACCGUGCGUAAAAAUGGAGCCGUCGGCGUGCACGCAACACACCUCAAAUUACGCGCACGGAAACUUAAAGUGAAAGCAGCAUUGCAUGGCGGCUUCUUCACAAAAGUGAUGAUGUGAAGUAACACAAAUGUGGACGUGAACGGAGCGGAGUCGGUCAUUUUGCGCUGAGGAAAGGAUGCUGAGAGAAGAUGCAGGAGGACAUUUAAGAGAAGCAUUCCAUAACUCGUCUUGGGCUCUAAAGGUGUAAGGAGGACCACCAUGGAGAAUCUCAGCGAGCUCCAGAAUCCUCUUCUGGAUAAAAGCAGCAGACAUGUAGUGCAGAGUUACCAUGGCGACUACCCAAGCCUUGUGAGCUACUACUACAGCGGGAAACAGGAUGAACACAAAUCUCAGCAGUUCCUGGAUGCCACGUCGCUUCAUCUGGCGGUGGAGGCCUUCUAUAAACCAAACUUGAUCUUGUGUAAGGAUGACGUCAGCCUCCAUAGCAAAGACUCCAAGAACGAGAGCUUUGAGACCACCUUUACAGAGAAUAAGGACGCAGUGUCGGGCGAGGACUCCAUGGAGAACCGCGGUGUGGACAGCGCACAAGGAGAGAAGGAUGUGAAGAUCCAGACGGUGUCGUAUGAAGUGGAGGACGAGCACGUUCCUGAGUAUGAGAGUGACAGCUCCAGCGAAAGCGAGAGUGAGGACAACUUCUUAGUGCUUCCACCUCGAGAUUACCUGGGCCUUACCAUCUUCUCCAUGCUCUGCUGCUUCUGGCCUUUGGGCAUUGUUGCCUUCUACUAUUCUCACAAGACUGGCAAGGCCGUCGCUAAGGGAGACUUUUCCAAAGCGGGAAUGAGCUCCAGGAGAGCCCUAUUCCUCGCCGCUCUGUCCAUUACCAUCGGCACGGGCAUGUACGUGGGGGUGGUGGUUGCCCUCAUAGCCUAUCUGUCCAAACCUGGACGUGUAUAGCAUUUCUACAGGAGGGCGGACAUCGUUACUCCUGAAACAAUCAAGGAUCAUCAAGGAUGCCAACCAAUGAAUGGAAAAGAAUAAACAACCAAGACAAUAUAGGACUUAUUCAUCGGGAUGAAAAAGCCUCCUUAAUCAUUCAUUCGUGUGUUCAUGUAUUUCAUGACUCCAGAAAGACACAAAAUAGAUGUCACUGUGUACACAAAACUGCUAAGCAGUACUCACUGGGGAAUAUUUAUCUUUAUUCUGUACUUCAAAUGGAAUAAAUAAAGUCAUUUGGCAUGGAUAUUCAAAUGUCCUUUAUCUUCUUAUCUUGUCUUACAGAUGACAUUUACGUGGGUUAGCUGUGCAAGAGUGUUUGGCUAAUCAACAAAAGUUACACAAAUUAAAGAAAUUUAACUUGAGAAAAUAUAAUAAUAAAAUAUAAUAAAAAUAAAAAAAUAAAAAAAAUAAUAUAAAAUAAUAUAAAUAUAAAAAUAAUAUAAAAUAAUAACAUAAAAAUAUAAUAAAUUUAAAAUAAGAAGUUAAUUUGCAUCAGGUGCAAAUAAUCCACCGUAAGUGUUGAAGGAUCACUCACUAGCCACGUUUACAUGAGGAGUUUUUCUCUUUCCGAAUGACCUUUCCGAAAGCAAUGGUAUAUACAUCAGGGGUCUCAAACACGCGCCCCGCGGGCCAAAUGUGGCCCGCAGGACACUAGUUCGAGGUCCCCACCUUGAUAUGAAAGUUUAAGAAAAAAUUAUUACGUUUGAUUAAUGUUCAUGUUAAAAGUUAAAUAACUGUUAAUAGUUAUCCUCCCUAUCCGUGUGGAAGUGGUAAGUUUUUUGGCUAUUUAAGUUGAAAGGAAAUAACUUGAAGGCUACCGUUUAGGUCGCUAGCUCUCUAGUUUGCGAGUUAGCAUGUGUCUCAAGACCCUGCAGUUGCGCAAUAUGUUGUAAAUAAAAAGAGUAUAAAUGUGACUAUAGUCGUGUUUUGUCAUGUCUACAGGGCUCUAAUAAUGCUUUGUUAUAUUUUAAUCUGAAAAAAAUAAUUUGUCUACCCACCAACUAUAU